AGUCCAUCCUGCAGUCGAUUGCCCAUUCCUCUUAUGAAUUCAUGCGUUCUAGAGAGUAUAGAGUUGCAGUUGAAGUGAAGGAAAUGGUGACUAUACCAAGAUCGCAGUACCAAUGGCGUGCUCCACGAACGGAAUCAUUGCAUCCAUUGCAUGACAAAUCCCCCAUAUGACGUGACUAAUCGUUGAUUGCUUUCUUUGUCUGUUAACUUCUGUUUACUUGAUUCCUAAGCUUGCGACUCAAUGAGCUUGAUAAUCGAAUAGAAGGAGCCGGAAUUAAUUCCGGGCAGGAAUCCUGCGGCAGCCCCACUCGAGCAACUGUUAUAGAAGUUAUAUAAAGAGACACCGGCUGGAAACCAUAUUGCUUCCUCAUCUUUGAGUACAACGUAUCCAGUGCAGCUAAGACCCCUUGAAGCUACAAAACUUCUCCCUUCUUCCGAAAUCAAUCAUUCACCAUGGUCCUCAAACUUUACGGAUUCCCGGCCUCCACCUGUACUAACCGAGUACGCAUCGUCCUCGCAGAAAAGGGUCUCGAGGCCGAGUUCCACCCUAUCGACUUGAGCAAGGGCGAACAGAAAGCAGAGUCCUACGUGAAUGACCUGCACCCAUUCGGCAAAGUCCCCGUUCUACAAGACACCGAGACGGGUGUUCAGAUUUUCGAAAGCAGAGCGAUUACUCAGUACCUCUCCAGCAAGUACUCCAGUCAAGGAACCACACUUUCCCCUCCCGAGUCCGAUCUGAAGGCCUGGGCUCUGUACCAGCAGGCCCUCUCCAUUGAACAAGCUUACUUUGACCCGCUCGUCUCUCAGAUCGCUUUCGAGAAAGUUUUCAAACCCCGCAAGGGUCUUGGCCCGACCGACGAGGCUCGCGUCCAGGUUCUCUUUUCGCAGCUCACGCCUACCCUCGAGGGCUAUGAGCGAGUUCUUUCCAAGCACAAGUACCUUGCAGGUGACCAGGUAACCCUUGCAGAUCUGGCGCAUUUGCCGUAUGGUGUAUUUGUGGAGCAGUUCGGGUUUGCCGAUCUUCUUCCGAAGUAUCCUCAUGUUCAAAAGUGGUGGGGGGAACUGAAGGCGAGGGAAAGCUGGAAGAAGAUUACUGCUUAGAUUUAUGCAGCUGUGGCCAAGGGACUGAAUUGAGAUUCCGCCUGAGAUCAGUGAUUGUCAAUUUUCGGAGCGAUGCACAGAAAAUAGCU